ACAUUAGAACAGCUUGAAGACCGUUCAUUUUUAAGUGGCAAGAGACUUCCUCAUCUCCAGAACCACAAAAGCAAUUGUGCCUUCAGGAUGAUUUCAUUCAGACAAACAGCUUGUUUCAUUUCCUGGUUUGCUACAGUUUCCUGUGGAUGUCUGAUUCAACUGUAUGAAAACACCUUCUUCAGAGGUGGGGAUCUAACUGCUGUGUACACCCCAAGUGCCCAACACUGUCAGAUGGUGUGCACAUUCCACCCUAAGUGUUUGCUAUUCAGUUUUCUUCCAGCAAGUUCAACUAAUGAAGCAGGGAAAAGGUUUGGUUGCUUCUUGAAAGAUAGUGUUACAGGAACACUGCCAAGAGUGCAUCGGGCAAGUGCAAUUUCUGGACAUUCCUUAAAGCAAUGUGGCCAUCAAAUAAGUGCUUGCCACCAAGACACUUAUAAAGGAAUUGAUAUGAGAGGAGCCAAUAUUAAUGUGUCUAAGGUUAACAGUGUUGAAGAAUGCCAAAAGUGGUGCACCAAUAAUAUUCACUGCCAAUUUUUCACAUAUGCCACACCAGCAUUUUCCAAUGCAGAGUACCGGAACAACUGCCUAUUAAAGCAGAGUCCAAGUGGAACGCCGACCAGCAUAAAGGUGGUGGAUAAUGUGGUGUCUGGAUUCUCCCUGAAGCCCUGUGCACUUUCGGAAAUUGGCUGCCACAUGGACAUUUUCCAGAAUGUUGCAUUUUCAGAUAUUGAUGUUGCCAGAGUUCUCACGCCAGAUGCUUUUGUAUGUCGAACCAUUUGCACCUAUCAUCCCAGCUGCCUCUUCUUUACCUUCUAUACGCAUGCGUGGAAUGUAGAGUCACAAAGAAAUGUUUGUUUCCUUAAGACUUCCCGGAGCGGGACACCAAGUUCCCCUACUAUUCAAGAAAACUCUAUAUCUGGAUAUAGCCUUUUAACAUGCAAAAGAACUUUACCUGAACCCUGCCACUCCAAAAUUUACUCUGGAGUUGACUUUGGAGGGGAAGACUUGAGCGUGACCUUCGUGGAUGGAGUGAAUGUUUGCCAAGAGACUUGUACGAAGAUGAUUCGUUGUCAGUUUUUUACUUACUCUUUACUCCCAGAAGACUGUAGGGGAGAAAAGUGUAAGUGUUCCUUAAGAUUAUCUUUGGAUGGUUCUCCAACUAGCAUUACAUAUGGGACACAAGGGAGAUCUGGCUAUUCUUUGAGAUUGUGUGAAGCUGGGGACAGCUCAGUCUGCACAACAAAAACAAACGCACGCAUUGUUGGAGGAACGAACUCUUCAUGGGGAGAGUGGCCCUGGCAGGUGAGCCUGCAAGUGCAGCUGGGAUCCCGGAGACAUAUGUGUGGAGGGUCCAUCAUCGGACGCCAGUGGGUCCUGACUGCUGCCCACUGCUUUGUUGGGCUUCCCUUACCGGAUAUUUGGCGCAUUUAUAGUGGCAUUUUAAAUCUGUCAGACAUUACAAAAGAAACACCUGUCUCACUAAUAAAAGAAAUUAUUGUUCACCAAAACUACAAAAUCUCAGAAGGUGGUCAUGACAUUGCCUUAAUAAAACUUCAUGCUCCUUUGAAUUACACCGAAUUCCAAAAACCAAUAUGCCUACCUUCCAAAGGCGAUAUAAAUACAAUUUAUACCAACUGCUGGGUGACCGGCUGGGGCUUCUCAGAGGAAAAAGGCGAAAUCCAAAAUACUCUGCAAAAGGUAAAUAUUCCUUUGGUAACAAAUGAAGAAUGCCAGAAAAGAUACAGAGAUUAUCAAAUAACCAAAGAGAUGGUCUGCGCCGGCUACAAAGAAGGGGGAAAAGAUGCUUGUAAGGGAGAUUCAGGCGGCCCCUUGGUUUGUAAGCACAAUGGAAUGUGGCGUUUGGUAGGCAUUACCAGCUGGGGAGAAGGCUGUGCCCGCAAGGAACAACCUGGUGUCUACACCAAAGUCGCUGAGUACGUGGACUGGAUUUUAGAGAAAACGCAGGGUGGUGACGGAGACGCUUUGAUGCGGUCACUGGCGUGAAGAGGUUAUUCUGUGAGGAGGAGCCCGGUUUGUGGCAGUAUUUCACAACCUUGUGGGUUCAAGUCAGAUGCUGAGCCUUGGAGUCCUCAUCUGCAACACGUGGAGUGUGGCGUCCACCUCGCAUCCUGUCAUAAGGAUAAAACAGACGGCGCACACAAGCCUGCUGAGGACAUGUCUCGCUCAGGCAUGCUUUCAGCACCCAGUAAAUGGGGGUGAGCAUGGACGAUCCCAACCGAAGAUCUCCACGACUGUUGUGAAAUAAAAUAGCAAAAGAGCAUGAUUCUUAGCAAGUGUUUUCUUCAGGCUGUGCCACAGAACUGACAGUAAGUGACUGCAGAUUCUAGCACAGUGCCUGGGAUCAUUCUACUCUUACUGCUUCCUCUGGAACUCAGCAUGUCUCAGAGAUGUCACUUCUUCCCUGUGUCUCACCUGCUUGGUCACUGAAACCUACUAGCAGCUGCUUCACUUAGGGUGAGGAGCUAGCAACCUUGCGUUUUGUUCUGCCUGUUAACGCUCACUGUUACAAGAAAGAGAUAGGUUAUCUGAACCUGGGAGAAUAGGGCAUCUUUUCUUUCGGCCUCCUACUUUUGCUACCCAGGCACGGCCAUGAGGAUCCAGGCUGGGCGUGCCAAAGAGGCACAGCCUUCAGGGUGGACAAGGAAUCUGUUUUGCAAAGGGCACUAACCCUGGGGGUUCAGUGGAUAUUGGUUGGUAUAAUAUUAAUUCAAGAAGCAUUGUUAGGUAUAAAGUAUUUCGUAAGAUUUAGGCUUAUAAAUUCAUGGUAGUAGUACGUAGCUUUGGAAUGGAUGAUGGGAAUCUUUUUGCAAUACAGCUUCCCAACUUGCCAGUGAUUACCACAAUCACUGAUUGUGGUUCACUGAUCCGGUUCAGUUUCGCUAACAUUUACACAGAAUUAUCCAUUUGCAUAAUAUUGUGCAAUUUAAGUAGAAAAAGAGAAAAGUGACGUUUUCUGAAAGACACUGAGUUUCUCCUUCCAUAUUCAUAGACACACCAAGUGGUAGGAAGGGCUUAAAGCCAAAGGGGCCUGCAGGAAAACCGUGAGGUCUGGGUUAUGCACAAACCGGACAGUAAGAACUAAGGAGUUAAGAAUUUACUUCGGAACUCAAUGGCUUUUGUAAAAUCUGGUUAGAUUCCAUGAAAUGAUUUUAAACACACACAAUUUCAGCUUUUACUUUUGCAUGAAAUAAAGAGAUUGGUCUUUGUUC